UUGAGCGUUGACAGAGCGCGCGCGUUUACGUUUUAAUUGCCCUCGUAGAGGCUCGUGCCUCCGCCCAAGACUCACUUCAUAACGAGUCGCCAACCAGGUCGCUCGCAUAUUUAGCCGCAUAAGCUCAAAAGAUCCAAAUGGAGUCGCAUAACCUCGCCACGGCCGGACGUGAGACUCCAACCGGGCAGGGGCAAGCUCCGUCAGUCCGAGAUACACGGUUCGUGCGUCUCGACAAGUUCGGAGCCCCCUCCGAUCUCAUUGUUGAAGCCAAACAACUGAAGUCCUCGCUGCAGCCCGGGGAGGUUCAGGUGCGGGUCGAGGCGUGCGGGCUCAACUUCGCCGAUCUGAUGGGAGUCCAAGGCCUGUACCCGCCGCUGCCAAAACCGCCUGUCAUCAUGGGCAUGGAGUGCGCCGGGACGAUUACUGCCGUCGGGGAAGAGGCCAAGAACCGGAAGGUGGGUGAACGUGUGAUCGGGAUGGCUCGCCAUGGCAUGUGGCAGCAGUAUGUGGCCUUGCCUGAAAAUAACGCCCACCUCAUGCCCGACUCAAUGAGCUUCGAGGAGGGCGCCGCCCUGCCCAUCAGCUACUUGACGGCGUAUAUGAUGCUCUUCCGCAUGGCCAACCUCACAUCGGGCAAGAGCGUGCUGAUCCAUAUGGCCGCGGGUGGAGUGGGCAUUGCCGCCACCCAAUUGUGUAAGACAGUACCAGAUGUAACCGUUUUUGGCACGGCAUCUGCCUCCAAGCACCAGCGCAUCUCUGAGAUAGGCGUCACCCACCCCAUCGACUACCGGACCAAAGACUACGUGGAAGAAAUCCGCAAAAUUAGCCCUACAGGAGUAGACAUUGUUCUGGAUCCACUCGGUGGCGCAGACUCAAAAAAGGGCUUCGAUUUGUUAAAGCCUUUCGGCUCACUCAUCACCUUUGGCGCGGCCAACUGCGUGACCGGUCAGACUAAGAGCCUGUGCGCCUUAAUCAAAACGUGGCGCAGCCAGCUAACUACCACCACAUUGAAGCUGAUGCAGACCAACAAGGCGGUGUGCGGCUUCCACCUGAGUUACUCGGACAACCAUCAUAUCACCGCGUGCAUGGCCGAACUACUGCGACUCUACUCCGAGAAAAAAAUCAAACCAUGCAUCGACUCCCGCUACCACUUUGAGGAGGUCACAAAAGCAAUGCAGCGCAUGCACGAGCGUAAAAAUAUCGGGAAGAUCAUUCUUCUCACUGAACCUAAACAGAAGCUACCAGAUGAUAAGGAAAAAUAGAUGGCAAAGAAACAGCACUGAAGGUUGGCCAGAAGAUACAGACGGAGUACAGUUGUAUCUUUCCAAUGAUAUCAACUAUUUUGCUGUGAUAUAUCAACUCAGAUAUUCAACUUGAAGUUGGAACCGCGUGAAGUUUUUUGUGCUGCUAUCGUUUUUAAGAUAUUUACAAUUCUUCUACAGUCCCUGACAAAAGUCUUGUCGCUUAUCCAUUUUGUAGAAGCAAUUGCUAUUAACCUGACUUUUAAUUAUUCAAUUGGUUUCAGAAAUGGUUCCUAUGAAAGCUAAGACCCUCCCAAAUGAUGUUGAAUGUACAAAAAUAUAUUUGUUUCACUGAAAAAAGAUUUAUCAUUUAAUGAAGA